UUCAGUUCCCAGAUCAAUCGUCUGUUUCUCUUUUCUCAGCAGGUUGGCGGAUCAGGCUACGGCUUGGAUUGGAGAAGGAAAGGAAAGCUAAAAGAUGGAGCUCCCUUAGGAAAAGGUUGAAAGGGAGGGCUGGAGGCUCUGAAGCAACAGCCUUUUGCCAACGCGUCCAACUUCAUUGCCAGCGAGCCAUAAUGGCAGCUCUGUGGAGUCUCUCUCCUUGUGGAUGACUGUUCCGGAUUUUUUCUUGGGGAAGAUCCUGCACCUUCCCGGCCUCAACCGUGCAAGGGUCACAGGGGCCGUGUAAAAGGACCUUUCAGGAAAUCCAUUUCCAUCCUUUUCUCAAAGAUGGAUGUGAGUGGACUUUGGGGUCCCGAGUGGAAUGUCAGCAUCACAAACGGGUCCUCAACAGGGAUAUUUGACCUGUUCAGCGAUGACGCCGCCUUGGUCUCGUCGGAUAUUUCGUUUGGCAUGAGAGUAUCAAUCGCCGUGGUCUACCUGCUGGUGUGUGCAGUGGGUCUCUCGGGAAACAGCCUCGUGAUGUACCUCCUUUGGAUCCAGAAGGAGAGGUCCACGGCAGCCAUUAAUACCUUUGUCUUUGGGCUAGCAGUCGCUGACUUCCUGUUCUCCCUGAUGCUGCCUUUUUGGGCAACGGAGACGGCCUUGGAUUUCAGGUGGCCCUUCGGUCAAGCCAUGUGCAAAGCGGUUCCUUCCCUGACUCUUCUGAGCAUCUACACCAACGUCUUCUUGCUCACGGCCAUGGGGGUCACCCGCUACUGGUCAGUAGUCUCGGCUGUCAAGGACGGGUUAAGGAUGACACCUCGAGUGGCCAAGUGGAUCACUGCUGCUAUUUGGGCCGUGGCGGUGGGGGCCACCAUACCGACUGCUGUCUAUGCCAGAGUGGUAAGUGUUGCCGGGGUGGAAUUGUGCCUCUUCCAAUUCCCCAGCCCAUAUCACUUGGGAAUCUACCAGCUCCAGAGAGUAGUGUUCACCUUUGCAAUCCCCUUGGUGGUCAUCUUGACUUCCUACCUCCUCCUCCUCCGGUUCCUCAGAAUUCACCACUUUACCAGCCACAGCCUAACACGGCAUAACCAGGUUGCCUCGACUGUCCGCCUCGUGGUCAGCUGUUUCUUCAUCUGCUGGUUCCCUAACCAUGUGGUCACCGUCUGGGGCAUUCUGGUGAAAUUCAAGGCUGUGCCCAUGGAUCACACCUUUCACUAUCUCCAUACUUACAUCUUCCCCCUGACCACAUGCUUGGCUCAUGCCAAUAGCUGCCUCAACCCUAUCCUCUACUGCUUGAUCCGUCAUGAGUUCCAAGAAGCGAUGAAGGAUACCUUUCGCAGGCUGUCCUCCAUCGCUUCCUACCAGUCUUUCUCUUCCCACAAGACCUGGGAGGAAGGUGCGCUGGUGGUUCUGCCUCUUGGCCCAUCCAGUGUUCCCGGCAGUCCUCAAAGCAGAGCGAAGGAAGAUACUGCCUUCUCUACCACCUUGGAACCAGAAAAAUAAGGCUGUGCUGCUGGAGGACUCGGACUGGCAUCAUCUGGACCUUGAGGAAGGUGCUUCAGACUUGACCUCGAAUUCCAUGAUCAUAAUUCCAACCAGGGCUUUAUUGAAUCAAGGAUCUGG